CUAGAUAUGUGUUUCCACCGAAAGCUAAUUUCAGUCGACUGGAAACGUGCGGCUCACUUGCACCCGGGGUCAACCGGAAGACGGAAGCGACAAGAAAAGGAAAAGAAUAUUAGAAAAAAAAUCUUCGCGACCUCCCACGAGUCACCGGCCUGAGCCAAUGAAAAGCGUCCGUGCGCGAAAGAAGUCCCGGUUGAAUCCUUGCAUAUAUACAAGGCCCGAUCUUCGCAGAAAAAAAAAACUGAAAAAACACAGCGCAAACAGAUAUCUUUGUUCUUUUAAGCAACUGUAUAUAUUCUUUACACAAUGGCCGAGAAAGCUAGAACUAUUCCUUCCUUCACCAUCGGUGACUACGGUGCUUUUGCUCUUGCCGGUGCCAUGGGCUGUGGUAUCACCCACGGUGCCAUGACCCCAAUUGAUGUCAUCAAGACCAGAAUCCAAUUGGAGCCUGCUGUGUACAACACCGGUAUGGUUGGUUCUUUGAGAAAGAUCGUCUCCUCUGAAGGUGCCGGCGCCUUGUUGACCGGUUUGGGUCCAACCAUCUUGGGUUACUCCAUGCAAGGUGCUUUCAAGUUCGGUGGUUACGAAUUGUUCAAGAAGACUUUCAUUGAGCAAUUGGGUUACGACACCGCCAAGAACUACAAGAACUCGAUCUACAUCGGUUCUGCUGCUUUGGCCGAGUUCUUUGCCGACAUUGCUUUGUGCCCAUUGGAGGCCACCAGAAUCAGAUUGGUGUCCCAGCCAAACUUCGCCAACGGUUUGAUCGGCGGUUUCUCCAGAAUCAUGAAGGAGGAGGGUGUUGGCUCUUUCUACAACGGUUUCACCCCAAUCUUGUUCAAGCAAAUUCCAUACAACAUUGCUAAGUUCUUGGUUUUCGAGAGAGCUGCUGAGUCCAUUGCCGCUGCUGUUCCAGGUGAGAAGGCUGACUUCACCUCUACCACCAAGACCGUUGUUAACUUGAGUGCCGGUAUUGUCGCCGGUUGCGCCGCCGCCAUUGUUUCCCAGCCAGCUGACACUUUGUUGUCCAAGGUCAACAAGACCAAGAAGGCCCCAGGUCAAUCCACUCUCGGCUUGUUGGGUCAAUUGGCCAAGCAAUUGGGUGUCCGUGGUUCUUUCGCCGGUUUGCCAACCAGAUUGAUCAUGGUUGGUACCUUGACCUCCUUGCAAUUCACCAUCUACGGCUCUUUGAAGAACGCUUUGAACUGUCCUCCAGGUGUCGAAUUGUAAGCUUUCUUUGGAAGUUUAUAGACCGCUGUAUUUAUCUUAAAUCACACGAACCUGAAUUAGUUGCUUCAUAUCAUAGACUCUAUUGCUGUUGCAUUCCUCGUCACUUUUCGUGUUUGCGUUGCGGCAAGCAAGUUUCUCUGAAAUACCUCGUAUUCUUACACCAUUUGCUCACUUGAAAAGUGUGAUAAGGAUGAAGCUAGAAAAUUCACCGAAAGCAAACCAAAAGAACGAAAUGAGAAUGCGAAAAGGAAAAC